AUGUCGUUAACGACCAAAUCUAAUUCUUUUGCAUGUUUCCACAAAGAAAUUUGUGCUCGUUACUUACAAAAACACCCAAUUCGACUUGGCGGGCCGGGUAUUUUUGUCCAGAUCGACGAAAGUUGCUGCUCUGACAAGAAGGGAUAUACCCACAAGACCGCCAAUCAUUCGAUUAGUUUUGUGGAAAGAGAAACCGGUAUCCAUACUAAAAAUGUUGAAUCAAAUUUUCUUAAUCUGGGCUAUUUCUAA